AUGCUGCCAACCGUGCAGAUCACAGGAUGGGCCUCAUGGCCAGUCCUUGGACUCCUGGGCUUGCUUUUGGCUCUUUACGUUGCGUACAAGUGCGCUUACUUGAUGUUCUUCCAUCCACUAGCGAAAUACCCUGGGCCAAGAGCAGCGGCCAUCUCUGAUCUAUGGUUCACUGCUUCCAUAUCCAGCGGCCGACACCCAUUCAGAAUGAUAGAGCUUCAUCGCAAGUACGGUGAUGUUGUUCGCAUUGGGCCGACUUGGCUUUCCUUCAACACGCCGGAAGCGUAUAUGGACGUGUAUGGAAGGCCAUCUCAGGGCAAAAAGGCAUUUCUCAAGUUCGCGCAGUACGAGCGACCCGGAGACAUCUCCACUACGCGAGACCCCGAGUUGCAUGCGGUCCAGAAAAAAGCCUUGUCGAAAGGGUUUAGUGCCACAGCACUGCGUGACCAAGAGGUUGUUUUGCAGCAGUAUCUUCACACGUUGAUCCAGCAGAUACGCGAUCUUGGAAAGAACGGAGAAGCUGCCGUCAAUGUUGGUGAGGCUCUGAAUUGGUUUACGUUGGACAUCAUCGGCGAUCUUGCAUUUGGCGAGUCUUUUGACUCUCUUUCCAAAGCAUCCAACCACUCGCAAGCACUCAUCACGGACGCUUUGCGCUACAGUGGUGUCGAGUAUCUCCGGCGUCAACGGCCGUACCUUGGAUCCUUGAUUGCUCGGCUCCUGUUUCCGCGUUCUCUGGAAGAGAAACACCUCGAGUACCAGGCGAUAGCCGGUGCAAAGGCUGAAAAGCGCAUUCAACGAGCAGACCUUGACCGACAGGACUUCUUCAGCCAUCUUAUACGGGAUCGUCGUAUCACUAAGAAUGAGUUGAUGGCCACAGCCUGGACCUUGAUCAUGGCUGGCUCUGAGACCACCGCCACCGCUCUCACUGCUACUAUAUUUUACCUGCUUCGCAACCCCGAUUGUUUGCAGAAACUGGCCCAAGAAGUUCGGAUGAGUUUCAACUCUGCGGAACAGAUUAAAGGGGACUCCGUUACCGGGCUUCCAUACCUUAACGGCGUUAUAGAGGAAGGUCUGCGGCUCUUUCCACCUUUAGCCAUUGGCCUGCCGCGUGAGUCGCCAGGCGCUGUGGUCGAUGGUCGGUACAUUCCCGAGGGUACCUGCGUGUCUGUCGAGAACUUAUCGCUGUCCUACGACACGCGCUAUUGGAAUGAUCCAGAGUCGUUCAGGCCCGAAAGGUGGCUGGGCGAUGGCUUUGAAGGCGACUGCAAGCUGGCUCACCACCCUUUCUCCGAGGGUACACGGUCAUGCAUUGGGAAGAACUUGGCCUACCUUGAGAUGCGUGUCUUGCUCGCUAGUCUCGUUUAUCAUUUUGAGUGGGAUCUGGUUUCGGAAAUCGAGGACUGGAACAAGAGCAGCAUGUGCUAUGCCUUAUGGACGAUGCCUGAGCUGCUGGUCAAGUUCCGUCCCCGAGUCGAGGCGUAG